GUCACCGCUGUGUUUCUUAACACCAUCGAAGAAGUAAAACCGGAAACGCUGUACCGACACAGCAGUCAUGGCGUCCGCGGCGGCGACCCGAGCGGCGGCUGGUGCCUCUAAAGUUGUGAAACCGCUCUUUAGCCGGGACCUGGACGAGGCUAAGCGCAGGGCCCGGGACCUGUACCGAGCCUGGUACCGAGAGGUCCCCACCACAGUGGCAACGUUUCAGCUGGACAUCAAUACGCGCCAGGGAAGAGACAAAGUGAGGGAGAUGUUCGACAGAAACAAGCAUGUCACUGACCCCCGUGUGGUCGACAUGUUAGUCAUUAAGGGGAAACUGGAGCUCCAGGAAACGAUCCAUGUGUGGAAGCAGAAGACCCACAUAAUGCGCUAUUUUCACGAGACCGAGGAGCCUCGUGGCACCGACUUCCUGUCCAAAUUCUACGGGGGUCACGACCCAUGAACUGUGCGGCUGACCUCUGACCCCUCUUUGCUUUUGUCCUGUGUGACAGAUGUUCCCCCUUUGCUGUAAAUACACACCUAACACUCACAUACCUACGGUUGUGUCUUUUAUUCAGACGUGUUAUUGGGAUUAUCUUAAAGGGACAGUUCAAUCUCGAAACUAUAACUAUUUGGAUGGAAAGACAAAAUACAUUUAUUGAGUUUUGUUGUGAUGUUUGAUAUUUUGUGAACCGGGGAAUCCUGCUCUGAAGGCAGACAGCCUUUCAAGCAAAGAUAGAUAAAACUCAAUCUGGAGUUUUUAAGGCUCACUAAUGUGUAUAUUAAGUGUGUGUGUGUGUGUGUGUGUGUGUGUGUGAUUUAAUCAGUUUCCGAUGUUUAUGUUCUCUUCAUAGUUUUGAAGACUCACUGAUGUGUGUCCACUAAGCAUGAGCUGAGUUUAGUAUUGUUAUUCCCUUUUAUUAAGACUUUAGUAGUGCAUGUAAACAGAGUACGAUACCAAGUACUGACUGACUUCUUGUCGAUAACUAGAACCCUGAAUUCAGUGCAACAAUGCGGAAAACUGCAGAUCAUUUUGGACGUAGAGCUGCAACACCGACACCCUGCGCUCUCUAUUUUUCUAAUGAUAAUUCUUCUCUCUGCAUGACUUCAAUAAAGCACAAACAUGAGACAGUGAAUAAAGGACACAUCAUACAUGAUG